UCCAAUAACGUGUGAACUUUUGGGCAUGCCAUGACAAUGGCGCCGAUGGACAGGUGCGUAAAGCCCCAUCAGCCUGCAGCGCGCACAGAAGACUGGCUUUACGAUGCUAAACAGCACCGAUGAAGAUUGGAUAAAUCAGAGCUCAAUAUGCCUCGAUCAUUUCUUGUCAAGAAAUAUUUUUCCUCUAAGAAGCCCUACUACAGAGAGAAUCACCUGGAGAGCCAAAGUGCUUUUGUCCCGGAGAGUUUUCCAAAGGCUGAACUUCCUACCCAGAACCACAGCUCUGCUCUGACCUGCACCACCACCCCGUUCUGCACCAGCACAGACCCCCUGCCUGCUCCGGUCUCCCCCAUCACACCGCCCUCUCCUAUUCCCCUGACGCCCCUGGACCUCAGCAGCUCUUCCUCCAGCAGUAGUGGUGAAGAAGAGGAGGAUGGGGGGCGCUCUUCAGACCCGCCGAGCCCAGAUGCCAUCCAGCACAUCUACCACUGCCUGCACUGCAAUAAAAGCUACACCAGCCUCUCAUCCCUCUCCCACCACCAGAUAUCCCAACACCAGCUUGUUUUAGCUCAACAGACUCCCUCCUUGUCCGGUGAGGCUUCCGCCCGCCCGGUCUUUCACUGCAAGCACUGCUCUAAGAAGUACACCAGCUUGGGAGCCCUGAAGAUGCACAUUCGCUCUCACACUCUGCCCUGCGUGUGCCCCACCUGUGGGAAGGCCUUCUCCAGGCCGUGGCUUCUCAGAGGACACAUCCGCACACAUACAGGUGAGCGACCCUUUGCUUGUCAACACUGCAACCGGGCCUUUGCCGACCGCUCCAACCUGCGCGCACAUUUGCAGACCCACUCCGAAGUGAAGAAGUACCAGUGUGGCUCCUGCUCUCGGACCUUCAGCCGCAUGUCUCUGCUGCACAAACACGGUGCUUCUGGAUGCUGCUCCGCCUCAUAGACUCACAGUUUAUGCAGAGAGAGGAACCUACAGAUGUAGAUGAUACAAAACAAUCUUUGAGGGCAGCUGGACAUUCACUCAAUUCCCCAAGAAAGUUGACUGGUGCCGGCCGGUCCGGGACUCUGGCCACGCUGCAGCUGCUAGGGUGUGUUUGUAUGCACGAAUGUCAUUCCUCACCAUACUAUACAUGCAUGAUGUGUGGGUGUUGAGACAGCUGUCUGUGCGUGGUGCAGCGGAGGCUAAGCGCUGAGAGACGUGCAACCUCCACGACAGGUGACGCACACCCCUUUGCUGCGGUCACGCCCAGGCCGCAUUUUCCAAUCUGACCAAAACGAUUACUUAACACUUCAGCGUCCAAUUUAUAAAGCAUUUCAUGGACUUUUUAAGGUGUGUAUACUUUAAUGCCAUUUGUAAAUAAAGUUUUUUUUAAAGUCA